AUGUCACAAUAUUCUGGAAAGGUAGUGUUUUACGAGGGACGCUGCUUCACCGGUAGGAAGCUAGAGUGCUAUGGAGACUGUGAUAACUUCCAGGAUCGCGGCUUUAUGAACAGGGUGAACUCCAUUCGUGUGGAGAGUGGCGCAUGGAUCUGCUAUGACCACCCUGACUUUAAGGGCCAGCAAUACAUACUGGAGCGUGGAGAGUACCCAGAGUUUCAGCGCUGGAAUGCCCACAAUGACCAUAUGGGCUCCUGCAAGUCUAUCAGGAUGCAUGGAGAGCAGUACAGGAUUGAGCUUUUCGAUGGAUGUAACUACUCAGGUCACUGUAUGGAGCUGUGUGACGACUAUCCCUUCCUGCAGAGCAGCGGAUAUGGCAAGACUUGCGUCAAUUCCAUCAGGGUGUUUGGAGAUGGAGCCUGGGUGAUGUAUGAGGAGCCAAACUUCCGUGGCCGCAUGUACAUCGUGGAGAGAGGAAACUACUGCAGCCACAAUGAGUGGCAGGCUCAGAAUCCCAACAUCCAGUCAAUCCGCAGGGUUGUCAAUUACUUCUAAACCACCGUUUUUUCAUCACACUUUCUUUAUCUCAUUCAUACCAUCC